AUGGAUGUUAACAAUAAUAUAGAUAAUACUACUAGUAGUAGUGUUUUUGGAGAUGAACUUAAAUUGGGUAUUGUUAAAAUAUGUUUAUUUAGUACAUUUUUUGUACUUGGUCUUAUUGGUAAUUCUCUUGUACUUAUUGGUAUUGGUCUUAAUAAAGGCAUGCAAACAUCAACAAAUUUACUUAUAUUUAAUUUAGCACUUGCAGAUGUAUUAUUUAUAAUUUUUUGUAUUCCAACAACUUUAGUUAGUUUUUUUGGUCAUUGGCCAUUUACUGAAUUUGGUUGUAAAUUAGCUCAAUUUAUUAAUCAUCUAUCUGCUUUUAUAAGUAUUUAUUUACUUGUAUUUAUGUCAAUUGAUCGUUAUUUUGCUGUUGUUCAUGCUAUUGAUUCAAUUUCAAAUUAUCGAACAACAAAAAAUACAAUGAUUUGUAUUAUAGCUCUUUGGUUAAUAGGUAUUAGUAUAUGUAUACCGAUCGGUUCAUUAUUUACAGUUAUUGAAUUUGGUUCACCUACUUCUAUGUAUUGUCUAUUACGUUAUUUACAACCAGAUAUUAGUAGUUCAUCAAAUUCGAUGAUAAGAUCAAAUAUAACACAAAUUGAAAUUUUACCAAUUGAAGCAAGUUUUUAUUGGCUUGGUUUUGUCAUAUUUCUUUAUGCACUUCCAUUAACUAUAAUUAUUAUUCUUUAUGGUUUAAUAUUAAAAUUUUUACGUGGAACACGUGGUCAAUCUGUUGGUAGAAGUAAACGACGUGCAACACGUAUGAUAUUAGCUGUUAUAUUAACAUAUGCUUUUUGUUGGUUUUUUAUGCAAUUAUUAUUUAUUUCAAAUAUAAUACUUUCAAGAAAUACAAGUCAUCAUUUUACAACAUAUAUGGAUAUAUUAACAAUGUUUGCAAAUAUAUUUGCUUAUUUAAAUUCAUGUACAAAUCCAAUACUUUAUGGAUUUAUGUCAAAAAAUUUUCGUUCAUCAUUUAUUGCUUUACUUUGUUGUCAUUAUUCAAAACAAAAUCUUUUUGGUAUUAAUGAAAGUAUAAGAAAUCGACAUAUAACUGAUAAUAAUUAUAAUCAUAUAAAUCAUAAUCAAAAUUUAUUAUAUUUUAAAAGUGAUUAUUUAAUACGAACAUCAGAUGAUUCACGUUGUUCACAAUUAACACCAAUGAUAACUAAUUUUGGUGUUACAACAUCUUCAUCAUUAUCACCUAUUACAAAUGAAUUAUCACCAAUGUUUUCUUCAAAUGAUGAAAAAACACUAUCAAUAGAUAAUACUAGUCCACAUCAUCUUACUGUUGAAUUAAAUGAAACACAUCGACGAACAAAUCAAAGUGAUCGAUCACCGGUUGUAUCUUAUUAUUCACUUUUGCCAAAAUCCUACUGA